CUGCGCAUCUGGAUGUUUUAAACAUACAAAGGAAUUGCUAGAGCAAGCAAAAGGGAAAACGGUGCAGAGAGUUAAGAUGUUCCGAUAAGCAACUGGUGGGUGGACUGUGCAGCUAAAGUGACCGACAGUCCGUUAGGAGAAAUCUCUUUGCAAAAAGGGUAACUUGAGUUCAGGCAAAAUGAAGACUCACACUGUUUUUAGCCUUUUUGCCUUCAUUUUUAAAGUACUCUUGCUCCAGCUAUAUUUUUUUCACCAAACUUUAGCUGCACCUUCACCAAUCAUUAAGUUUCCUGGAGACAACUCUCCCAAAACAGACAAAGAACUAGCAGUGCAAUACCUGAAUACAUAUUAUGGGUGCCCAAAAGACAACUGCAAUUUAUUCGUGCUGAAAGAUACUUUGAAGAAAAUGCAGAAAUUCUUUGGGCUGCCUGAAACAGGAGAUCUGGAUCAAAACACUAUUGAGACAAUGAAGAAGCCCCGCUGUGGUAAUCCAGAUGUGGCCAAUUAUAACUUCUUUCCAAGAAAGCCAAAAUGGGAAAAAAAUCAGAUAACGUACAGGAUUUUAGGGUAUACACCGGAUUUGGACUCUGAAACAGUAGACGAUGCCUUUGCCCGAGCCUUUAAAGUCUGGAGUGAUGUCACACCACUGACAUUUUCCCGAAUUAAGGAUGGAGAAGCGGACAUUAUGAUUAAUUUUGGACGAUGGGAGCAUGGUGAUGGAUAUCCAUUUGAUGGCAAGGAUGGCCUCCUGGCUCAUGCUUUUGCACCUGGGCCAGGUGUUGGAGGUGACUCCCAUUUUGAUGAUGAUGAACAGUGGACUCUGGGAGAGGGACAAGUUGUUAAGGUGAAGUAUGGCAAUGCUGAUGGCGAAUACUGUAAAUUUCCCUUCCUGUUCAAUGAUAAGGAAUAUAACAGCUGUACUGAUGCAGGGCGCAAUGAUGGAUUCCUUUGGUGCUCAACCACAUACAACUUUGAUUCCGAUGGCAAAUACGGAUUCUGUCCCCAUGAAUCUCUUUUCACGAUGGGUGGAAAUAGUGAAGGGCAGCCAUGCAAGUUCCCCUUCAAAUUUCAAGGCACAUCCUAUGACAGCUGUACAACAGAGGGGAGGACAGAUGGGUACCGGUGGUGUGGAACUACAGAAGACUAUGACAGAGAUAAGAAAUACGGCUUCUGCCCAGAGACUGCAAUGUCAACAGUUGGUGGAAAUUCAGAAGGAGCUCCUUGCGUAUUUCCUUUCACCUUCCUUGGCAAUAAGUAUGAAUCCUGCACAAGCGCUGGACGUAGUGAUGGCAAGAUGUGGUGUGCUUCCACUAGUAACUAUGAUGAUGACCGCAAAUGGGGCUUUUGUCCAGAUCAAGGUUACAGUCUUUUCUUGGUUGCUGCUCAUGAAUUUGGCCAUGCCAUGGGACUAGAGCACUCUGAGGACCCAGGAGCUCUUAUGGCUCCAAUCUACACCUUUACCAAGAACUUCAGACUGUCUCAGGAUGACAUUAAAGGAAUCCAGGAACUUUAUGGAGGAUCCACUGAUUUUGGGCCAGAUCCAGCUCCAACACUUGGACCAGUCACCCCAACGUUAUGCAAACAAGACGUCAUAUUUGAUGGUAUCUCCCAAAUUAGAGGAGAAACGUUUUUCUUCAAAGACAGAUUCAUGUGGAGGACUGUAAACCCCCGAAAUAAACCCACAGGUCCCUUGCUUGUUGCUACAUUCUGGCCAGAGGUGCCAGAAAAAAUCGAUGCUGUCUAUGAGGCCCCUCAGGAAGAGAAGACCGUGUUUUUUUCAGGAAAUGAGUACUGGGUUUAUUCAGCCAGUACUUUGGAGAGAGGAUAUCCAAAGAAACUCACCAGUCUGGGGUUACCUCCCGAGGUACAACACGUCAAUGCAGCUUUUAACUGGAGCAAAAACAAGAAGACAUACAUUUUUGCAGGAGACAAGUUUUGGAGGUACAAUGAAGUAAAGAAGAAAAUGGACCCUGGGUUCCCUAAAUUAAUUGCUGAUGCUUGGAAUGGAGUUCCAGAUAACCUAGAUGCUGUGCUGGAUCUCAGCGGAAGUGAGUACAGCUAUUUUUUCAAGGACUGGUAUUAUCUAAAACUGGAAGCCACUAGCUUGAAGAUCGUUAAAGUUGGCAAUGUAAAAUCCGAUUGGCUGGGAUGCUGAACUGUAUAAAAUAUUAAUAACCAAAUACUUACUCUUUGUUAUAUGCCUUUUCUGUAAUUAGAGAUAGAUCUGAAUGCUAAUUAAUGGACCAGUCUGGUACUGGUACCAAAACACUAAGUACCAGUACUCUACACUUUCUUUCAUCAGAUAAUUUAAGAGUGUGCACUUCCUAAAUAUACAAAAGAUGUUUAUCCCAAAAAUAUGGUACAACUUUCCAGUUUUCAUGAUACUCAUAGUGAUGCUAGUAGCAGAAUAUCCAACACCUUUUAUUCCCCCGGUGCCUGAAUCAAAAUCCAGUGAAGUCAAUGGAAACUGACUUCUUUGGACUUUGGUUAUGUCCCCUGUGGGGUACCAGUCCCAAAUAGGCCCAAAUGAGAUGUACCAGCAGUGCACUUUGAUUGUUUUUUUUUAAUACAACUCUGAAUAUAGAUGGACUUGCCUCAAUGCUUGUCACCUUCUUGCAGGUUUUGGUCAUCGUUUCCAUUUAUUUACAUAGUCAUACAGAAAGAUUGUCAAAGGCACAGGUUGCCUCAGGAUUUGAUUUGUAUUGAUGCAUGAUGGAAUCAUGGCAAGAAACUGUAUUAAAAGUAUUGUUUUAAAGUACUUUUUAUUUUAAUAUCUUAGUUAAAAUUUAGCAAUUUGUUUCAUGCACUUUGUUACUACUAUCACUUGUUUAUAUGGACAGAAUGACUCAGAUUUUUGAGGUCAAUGCAUUAUACAUAAAAAGCCAAGUACUAAUGUUUAACUUGUUUUAUUUUGUUUUGGUUUUUUUUGUUCUCUAUAACAUUGGGGGGCUUGUUUGUUUAUUUGUUUACCUGCUUACUUAUACGUUGGGUGAUGGGAAAUUUUCAAUCUACUACCUGAUGGAAUGUUUUUAUUCAUUAAAAAAAAAAGAAAAAAGAAAAUCUCACACACGAAAUGCCAAUGAUGCAAAUAAAACCAAAUGAUGCCGUCAGUGAUUCUCAUA